AUGCUCUGAGGGGCCAAAAUUUGGGUGGACCCUGCCAGGCCGAGGAUGUCAACCUAUCACCCAUCAGAAGCACCCUCUGGAAUCUGACAUCACGCAGCCUGGGGCCAGCCACCUCUUCCGCCUGCGUUUCCGUAGCAACCACUCCGGAGACAAGGUGCCAAUGUCCUGGGGGUGGAGCUAAUGAAUGAGCGUGCUCGCUGGAUCAGUGCUCUGGGCCAGAGCAGCAAUGACGAGAAGAACAAAGACCGAACCAAUGCCAUGCAGGUGGUGGUGACGAGGACGUACACAGCCAAGCAGCCUGAUGAGCUGUCACUGCAGGUGGCUGACGUGGUCCUGGUGUCACAGACUGUGGAGGAUGGCUGGUAUGAGGGCGAGCGACUCCGUGAUGGCGAGAGGGGUUGGUUCCUGUCAGAAUGUGCUGAACCAAUCAGGUGCCAGGCCACUAUUGAGCGCAACAUGCAGAGGAUGGACCGCCUCCAGGGGCUGGAAACCAAUGUGUGAGCGGGAACUGCAGGCUCCACCCAUUAAAUACACCAGUGACCUGCCUUCAAUCAGACACACCAAUGAGUGAGCUUUAUGCCCUGCGACAGCCCUCCGCUGAAUAGACCAAUAGAAAGUCUCCUUGGUCAACAGAGCAAUGUGUGAGAUCUUUCUGCCAGCGACUGAAUACACCAAUGAGCCGCCUUCAACCAAUGAGACUGCCACUAAAUGCACCAAUAGAAUCCCUCUGUGGUCAACAGACAAAUGUAUGUAUGCCAGCUGACUGCAUCUAUUAGAAUGGGGUUUGGGGUCCAGUGAUUGUUACCCAUGCAGUCUAACAUUCUCCGUCUUCUACCGAUCUCUAUGGUAAGGAAGUUUGACCCUAUGACCUGUCAACAACACUUUGACUCCUCCCAUUGAUGGAAGACUGUCCAGCUUUUUGGCCCYGAAGGACAUCCCACUUGGACACAUAACGUGCUGGGGGUCAAAGUUUAAAACUGCCACGUACAGAGUGGAUGGGUCACCUAUAAUAACAGAGGUUGCAUUACAACAUGUAUUCAUUUAAGGAAUGAAGCUUACCUUCUGUACUACAUAACUAACAUUUUAUAUUAAGUCUUUUUUUUGUCAUGCUUUUUAAAGUGCAGGUUUGGUCUGUGA